CUCCGGGCGGGGCAGCACCUCCCCACCGCGCCGGGGCGGACACUCCCGCGACCAGCCGCCCGCGAGCCCGAGAUGCUGCCGCCGCCCGCGCUCCGCCGCGCCCUGCUGGCCCGCCCCUGGCGGGGGGCCGGGCUGCGGUGGAAACACACCUCCUCCUUGACGGUGGCCAACGAGCCGAUCUUGGCGUUCACACAGGGCAGCCCCGAGCGAGAUGCUCUGCAAAAGGCCUUGAAGGACCUCAAGGGCCGAACGGAGGCCAUCCCAUGCGUGGUGGGGGACGAGGAGGUGUGGACCUCGGAUGUGCAGUACCAGGUGUCGCCCUUUAACCACAGACACAAGGUGGCCAAGUUCUGCUAUGCAGACAAGGCCCUGCUCAACAAAGCCAUCGAGGCCGCCUUGGCUGCCAGGAAAGAGUGGGACCUGAAGCCUGUCGCUGACCGGGCCCAGAUCUUCCUACGGGCGGCGGAUAUGCUGAGCGGGCCGCACAGGGCGGAGGUCCUUGCCAAGACGAUGGUGGGACAGGGUAAGACGGUGAUCCAGGCGGAGAUCGACGCCGCGGCCGAGCUCAUCGACUUCUUCCGAUUCAAUGCCAAGUUUGCCGUGGAGCUGGAGGGGCAGCAGCCGAUCAGCGUGCCGCCCAGCACCAACAGCGUGGUGUACCGGGGGCUCGAGGGCUUCGUGGCAGCCAUCUCCCCAUUUAACUUCACUGCGAUCGGCGGCAACCUGGCGGGGGCGCCGGCCUUGAUGGGCAAUGUGGUGCUGUGGAAGCCCAGUGACACUGCCAUGCUGGCCAGCUACGCCGUCUACCGCGUCCUCCGGGAAGCUGGCCUGCCCCCUAACAUCAUCCAGUUUGUGCCGGCUGAUGGGCCCACAUUUGGGGACACUGUCACCAGCUCAGAGCAUCUCUGUGGCAUCAACUUCACAGGCAGCGUGCCUACCUUCAAACACCUGUGGAAGCAGGUGGCCCAGAACCUGGACCGGUUCCGCACCUUCCCGCGCCUGGCCGGAGAGUGUGGGGGCAAGAAUUUCCACUUCGUCCACCGCUCGGCCGACGUGGACAGCGUGGUGAGUGGGACCCUGCGCUCGGCCUUCGAGUACGGCGGCCAGAAGUGCUCGGCCUGCUCGCGCCUCUACGUGCCCCGCUCGCUGUGGCCGCAGAUCAAAGGGCGGCUGCUGGAGGAGCACGGCAGGAUCAAAGUGGGCGACCCUGCAGAGGACUUUGGGACCUUCUUCUCCGCGGUGAUUGAUGCCAAGUCCUUCGGCCGCAUCCGGAAGUGGCUGGAGCACGCCCGCUCCUCGCCCAGCCUCACCGUCCUGGCAGGGGGCAAGUGUGAUGACUCGGUGGGCUACUUUGUGGAGCCCUGCAUCGUGGAGAGCAAGGACCCUCAGGAGCCUAUCAUGAAGGAGGAGAUCUUCGGGCCUGUGCUGACCGUGUACGUCUACCCCGACGACCAGUACAAGGAGACGCUGCGGCUCGUGGACAGCACCACCAGCUACGGCCUCACGGGGGCAGUGUUCGCCCAGGAUAAGGACGUUGUCCAGGAGGCCACCAGGAUGCUGAGGAACGCUGCUGGCAACUUCUACAUCAACGACAAGUCCACCGGCUCGGUGGUGGGCCAGCAGCCCUUCGGGGGGGCCCGAGCCUCUGGAACCAAUGACAAGCCGGGGGGCCCCCACUACAUCCUGCGCUGGACGUCGCCCCAGGUCAUCAAGGAGACCCACGCGCCUCUAGGGGACUGGCGCUACUCGUACAUGCACUGAGCCCCGCGCGGCACCUCGCUGUCCUCUGUCGUCUGUCCAGACUACUGACUUCGCUGCACUGGCCCGUCCCAGCCCCUCCAACCGGCUCCCCACAGACACCCCCCUUUCUAGGGCCGACAUCUGCCCCGCUGCCCCCCACCGGCCCAUAUCCUGGCCCGUCCCGCCCUCGGGGUCAGGUGCUGGCCUCUGGUUUGGGAUCACGCCAGGGAGGAACAGGGCUGUUACCUCCUAUUCCGUCAGCCACCCUAGAAAUCCCAUCUGGCAGGUAGGACCUUGGUCCCGGCUGAUUCUGUCUGUCCUUUUCUCCUUACACUGUGGUCUAGUGGCUUAGGGACCUGUGGCGGUGGAGCAGCUCCCAGGAUCCCUUGGGGACAAGGAGGCAGCUCUGGGCCCACAGAGAGAGGCUUCUGGCCUUGGCCCUGGCUCCACCAGCUCUCCAGGGCUGGGUGUGACCGGGUGGCCUGCAGGGCAUGGGGCACCAGCUGGCCUCGCCCUCCCGGUCAGGGCUGCCCACCGUCCUCACAGGCGCUUCACCCAGACCCGCCUGACCCCACAGGGGCCUGUGCCAACAUGCGCCUUAGACACCCGUGUGCCUUUCUCCAGGGGCUUGUGUCCGCCUGAGGACCACGUGGUCCCUGCCAUCUCCACGUGCUGGGGCGGGGGCUGCCGCUGGAGGCCACCUGCCGAGGGGGGGACAUGCUGGUCCUUCCUGUCUGGGCUGUGAGUUUGGGAGCCCUGGGGGGCCUCCGUGCCGUGUUAGCUGCCCCCAAGCUCUCUGCUCCUGCCUCGAGACACGGCCACACUCUGCGCCUGGGUUUUCCUGCAGGAGCUCCGUUCCCGCCGAGCGGUGGUGGAACGGGCCCAGGCAGACGUUGCUCCCACCUCUCAGCCCCGGAGACAUAGCCUGGGUCCCCCUCCAGCCUGGGCUGAGGUCGCCUGUAGAAUCUUGUCUCCCAUGCGUGUUAGUGGCUCUGUAUGGACUGGCUCCUUGGUGGCCUGUGCUUUGUUGGACGCAGCCAAUGGGUGGACACUGGCGAAUAUCUCCGGGUCGGAUUCUGGGUGGCCAGGGAGCCAUAAGGGGUGACUUUUAGGGGGCCCUGAGAGUGCUGGGCCCUCCCCCGGACGGCUGGUGUGGCCUUUCCCCGAGUGCCACGAUUUCCCGCUGCACCGACGGUCGGGUGGGCACCAGUGCUGCCCGGGCUGGCCCGGGUCCUGCCUCCUUCCAGUUCUGCGCUGUUUCCCUGAGGGGCCGGGGUGGUCGGCGGGGGCUGGAUGUGUCCUGGUUCUACUGCACUGUGAGGUGGCAACAGGAUUCGCCCUGGUGCCCCCAAUAAAAUGCCUGUUACUUCACCCA